CAGUUGCAGACAUCAGCCAACUUUCCAUAAAAAAAUCAUCCCCAUAUAAAUACGCAUAUAGAUAUGUAUAACGUGACUCUUCGCCGACUCGAUUCAUUCUUUUUUCCCAUUGCUUUCCCCUCCAAUUCAACCCCUCUGUACAUUCAAUAAUCCUCAUUUCUUCUACAUACACACACCCCGAUACACACACAACCGCUUUCCAACUGUUCCACCGCACCAGGGAUGUUGUUGUUGAUAGGUUGAGCUAGUGUGUGUAUUGGAGAGUUUAUAUGGAAGAGCCUGGACAGUUGAAACAGGCUUUUAUUAAUGCUACUGCUGGUGCUGCUUCUGGUGCUGUUUCGAGGACCGUUACGUCUCCUUUAGAUGUUAUCAAGAUUAGAUUCCAGGUUCAGCUGGAGCCCACCUCUUCAUGGGCCUUGCUCCGUAAACAAUUGCAUGGGACAUCAAAAUAUACUGGAAUGUUGCAGGCAACAAAAGAUAUAUACAGAGAGGAAGGCCUUCCUGGAUUUUGGCGCGGUAAUGUCCCAGCACUUCUCAUGGUUAUGCCAUAUACAGCCAUACAAUUUACAGUUUUACACAAGUUGAAAUCAUUGGCAGCUGGUUCUUCUAAAUCAGAAUAUAUCAUUCAUAUAAGUCCAUACCUGUCUUACAUAAGUGGUGCUGCAGCAGGAUGUGCAGCAACGGUUGGAUCAUAUCCAUUUGAUCUUGUUAGGACACUAUUAGCUUCACAAGGAGAGCCUAAGGUUCAUCCAAACAUGAGAUCGGCAUUUGUUGAUAUUUAUAAGAAUCGUGGCUUUAGAGGGUUGUAUGCUGGCUUAUCACCUACAUUGGUUGAAAUUAUUCCUUAUGCUGGCCUUCAGUUUGGAACGUAUGAUACAUUCAAGAGGUGGUGCAUGGUGUGGAACAGUUCAAGAUCUUCCAAUGCAAACCAAGCUGACAAUUAUAUUUCCAGCUUUCAGCUGUUCUUAUGUGGCCUAGCUGCUGGUACAUGUGCUAAAGCUGUCUGCCAUCCACUUGAUGUGGUCAAGAAGAGAUUCCAGAUAGAAGGACUACGACGACACCCUAAAUAUGGAGCUGUGCUUGAACCUCGAGCCUACACAAAUAUGGUUGACGCUCUUUAUCGAAUUUUGCAGAAGGAGGGUUGGGCUGGGCUCUACAAGGGUAUUGUCCCCUCAGUUGUAAAGGCUGCACCUGCUGGGGCCGUAACCUUUGUCACUUAUGAGAUUUUUUCAGAUUGGAUAGAAUCCUCUUUGACUUGAACAUGACCUGUUCCUUACCCUUAAACCUGUUUUUUUCUUCUUUUUUUUCUCUUUCUUAAGAAGUUCUAAUUUUUCUUUUAUAUAUAUCACAAUACCCCGAAUAAGGGGCUGUUUUAUAAUUUAGUUAUCCUCUCAUGGUA